AUGGCAGCCACCACUGCUGAACUUCAGAUCAGUUUCAGCAGUGAAGAUUACCUGGGCUACUAUAAUGAGAGUUAUGACUAUAAUUACAGUAAUUGUUGCUCAGCCCCGCCAUGCGAUUUCUAUCCUCACCAGGAGUUUUCUGGGAGUUUUCUGCCUCCGUUCUAUGCCCUGAUUUUCCUUCUGGGUCUAGGAGGCAACAUGAUGGUGAUUGCUGUCUUGCUCCUCGACAGAGUCUCCCUGGCUGGGACCGACAUCUUCAUCUUCAACCUGGCCAUUGCAGACAUUCUUCUGGUGGUGACACUUCCCUUCUGGGCUGCCCAGUCAGUGCUAGGCUGGGUCUUUAAGGACUUCCUGUGCAAGGUCAUUGGCAGCAUCCUCAAGAUCAACUUCUAUGCCAGUAUCAUCUUCCUGAUUUGCAUCAGCCUUGAACGGUACCUCUCCAUUGUUUAUGUCAUACGCAUGUACAACAGGAACAAGCGGUCCCUGAUCAUCAAUACCACCUUGGUGGUUUGGCUCAUUUGUUUCCUCCUUACGGUACCAGAUUUCGUGUAUUUAAGGGCUGAGUUUGAUUCUCGUCUAAAUACUACUUCAUGUUCUCUCAUUUUCCCCCCUAAUACAACCAUGAUUUGGAAAAUCAGCCUAAUCAUCAUCAAUCAAGUCAUAGCUUUCUUGCUUCCUUUGAUGGCUAUGGUCUACUGCUACUUCCACAUCAUCCUCACCCUCCUGCACUCCAAAGGUUUCCAGAAACACAAGGCCCUCAAGGUGAUCUUGGCAGUGGUGGUAGCCUUCUUUCUCUCCUGGUCACCCUACCAUUUGGUGCAGUUCAUCAGAACCUUGCUCCAGCUGGAAGUUCUUGAGAAGGACUGCCAGUGGGAUGAGAAACUGGACAUAGCUGAGACAAUCACCACGAGUUUAGGCUUCUUUCACUGUUGCCUCAACCCACUGCUCUAUGCCUUCAUUGGGGUCAAGUUUCGGAACAAGCUCUUCAUGGUGCUGGGGAGACUUGGCUGCGUCAGUCAGAACUUCCUGAGGAGGCAUUGCAGGUCGUUGAAUCACCAGAGAGAUUCGACUUGGUCUGAAAGCACAGAGGGCUCGUAUGCAGGAUUCUAGGAGGCCUGUGGCCAUGAAGAUACCACUGCUGUCCCAUAAUUCUCCUCCUGCUCCUUUUCAAGCAGAGUCGAAACUGGCACUCCAUUGGUAUAUCUAGCAUCAAAAUCUAGCACUGAGAUUCCUCUGGGGAUCAGGCUUCAGUAGAAUACAGGCUAAGUACUUUCACGGUUCUGAAAAAAAUGUUCUUCAGAUGGGUCGAUAUUGGCAGUCCUUAUGGCUUUGAAUAUCAACACUUCCACGCCCUAGUGAUGAAACUGGUUGCUUAGGGACUUCUGGGGAAGAAAUGGCAAACUGAAGACAACCGCGGCAGAAUGAAGAGGCGGUGAAUGGACUGACUCUUUGUAAUUCCUCUCCAGAUAAGGAAAGGAUUGGGAUUGCCAACAAAUGGUCCAGAUAGUUGCUUCUCACAAGGAGACUGCAAAACAGUGGUCUCCUGUGGGUUUAGAGCUCUGGAAGAUGAGGGGACGCCAUCAUAGCCAAAGCCACAUUUCAGCACCUUCAAAUGGACACUGGGUCCGCAUACUUCCUUUCUUAAUCACUUUUGGAAAUUGCUUGUUAAC